AUGGCCGUCCGAUCGAGGGCGUCUCUGCACGUCAACGAUACUCCUCCCUCGAAACGGCCUCGUCUGCAUGCACCCGUAUCUCGUCGUCGCAAGAGCUCGCCCGAUCUUCUGGAUACCACCAUUGACGAUUCCCCGGCCAAGCCCGUUGCGCCACUACGACCCUCCACGCGCCGACCGGGGCCUCUCUCCUCUUCGUCUUUCAACGCUGCCUCGUCCUCGGCGCUUCCUCCUCCCUCCUCCUCUUUAACCCCACGAUCCAAAGAUCGAAUCCGUCGCCAUGAGACUCCCACUCUUCUCUUACAUGGAAGUCGCGAAUCCCCCGAUCCUCUCGACACCAUCUCGCCCUGUACCGGACCCAAUCGCUUCCUCCCCAGCCGCCCGGUGUCCGUGCGCCCUGCGGCUUCCGCCCCCGUGGCCACCACCAGGCGUCGUCGCUUCUCCAAGACCAUUCGUCCCACCGUUGACCCUUUCUCUGCCUCUGUUACUUCUUCUCCCCACCUGCCGGAUCCCUCGGGGCCUGCUUCAGUCGUGUCCGGUCAACAGCGGCGCUCUCUACGCUCGCAAGAUGGGGGUUCCCGAGCCAGGAGUGAGCUAGCCCUGUAUUUCCCGAACUACGAGCAACUCCUCAGUCUGGAGCCUCCGAAGACCGAGUUCCUUGCAUGUCAUACGAGAAUUAAGUUGAUCAACGACCUGCCCGAACCCUCUCUCUCUCCAUCCACUGUAGCGGACCCCUAUACAGAUACCCCCUUCGGGAACCCCUUAAUCCACCUACACGGCUGCGAGACCAUCGAUCUCCCGAAUCCCACUGCAUCGAUUGAGCCCUCGGAGGAAGAAGACCCACUGAAUGAAGCGGCGUACUUCCGUGCGCACCGACGCCACGAGCGGCAGGAGAAACAACUACGGAACAUCGAGCGCGAGCGCGCCCAGCAUGAAAAGCAGCAGCUGGAUCGACUGUUGGAUGAAUUGCAGGGCCAGGAUUGGCUACGGGUGAUGGGCAUAGGCGGUCUAACGGACCAGGAAAAGAAACAAUACGAGCCGAAGCGCGACUACUUCGUCAAGGAGAUAUCGGCCCUGAUCCAGAAGUUCAAAAUCUGGAAGGUAGAGGAAAAGCGACGCAAGGUCGAAAAAGAUAAACUGCGUGUGGAAUCAGCAGAGGACCAGAACCCCACGCCGCAACAUCCCCUCUCGUCUGCGGCAUCCCACAAACGGCGCUCCGCCGAAGCGGUGGAGGAUUCGGACGAGGCGGAUGAGUCCCCUGCCGCUCUUCUGUCUGAUGCGCCCAGCAACGGGGAACUCCCGGAUGACAACGAUGUCGAUGCCUGGGCUGCUCGUCAACUCCACCACGAAGCUCGCUCCGCCACGGCUGGAAAACGCCCCAAAGCGCCAUCCUCCGCUGCCGCUGAGGGACGAAGGAAGUCCAAGACCGGAAGUGUGACAGAGCUCGCUGCACGUUCCCCAUCCCCGCAUCCGAUCGAGAACAAGCCAUUUGUCUCCUUUUACUCGAAGCGUCAUGAACGCGACAAUGCGCUGUCGACCCACCGCAAGGGUCGCGUUCGAGUAGCGUUCGGCCACGCGGUCCCGGAAAUGCAGGAGAAAGAGUUUGAAUUGCCAUCUGAUAUCUUGACACCCGAGGCGGUUGACUCGAGUCGACGGAAACGGAGACGAAUGAAACGGGCCAGUAAGAUAGGCUAG